ACAACGAUGCAUGAGCCAGAAGUUUUACACUUCCCAGCUCCAGAGAGUCAUGUGGGGUUUUCCAGACAUUCCAUUAAUGAUCCUCAGUUGGAUUCCAUCUUUCAACAUCUUAUUGAUGAACAUCCUUUCAAUACAAAAGUCAAUGUAGUUCUGCCGUGUGCUUCACCUGAACAUUGGAGACUGGAACAGGUGCUUGCUCAAGACAGCGACUUUUACGAAGUUGAAAAUAUACCUUUGUCUGUGUUCUGCACGCCUGUGUUUCUGGAAGCAUUUUUAAAUGCAGGGAAAUUUUACGCAGUAUCCUGUGAUGCCAGGCUGGAUCUCGAUAACGCAGCUGCACUGACGCCAGAAGGCUGGCUUGUACUAACACUGGACAAGAACACUUACAGUAACCUUCGGCUCAAUGGGAAACUGUCUGCUCACAUACUUCGCAGACCGAAGGAAAGAUACAUUGUCAAAAUCAAUUUGAAGAACAAUUUUACCCCUGGGAAACCAUUGUACAAUAAGGUGGUUAAGGCUUUUAAUGAAGUUGUUCUCAAGUUUAAUUUCUGGAUGACUUGGGUUCCCAAUGAUUCCGAGGUUUGCCCGUCAUCUGUUGCCAAGUUCUUCAGUGAUCUUGGUUAUGUGGUCUAUCGCCAGGAAGUGCAAAAGCAGAAACAGCACUUUAGUGGACGUGAAUGUUCCAUUACUACUACAGGAAAACCAGUGGAGAUGGUGAUGAAAAAGUGGAAAUAGAGCCAGAGCAUUUACUGGAGUGGAUGGGAUGCAUUUCG